AUGGGGAAAGAGGACGAGGAGUGGAGUCAAGUGAGCGUGGCAUAUGUGGUGAGAAAUGAGAUGGAGGAUAUGUGUGAUGCUUCGGUAAAUGGGAGUAUUGGGUGGAGAGAUCCGGAGGAUAAGGAGUGGAGUCGAGUGAGUGUGGCAUAUGUGGUAAGAAAUGAGAGGGAGGAUAUGUGUGAUGCUUCGAUAAAUGGGAGUAUUGGGUGGAGAGAUCGAGGCGUGGAGAGAAAGGAAAAGGAGUUAAGUCAUGUGAGUGUGGCAUGUGUGGUGAGAUAUGAGAGGGAGGAUAUGUGUGAUGCUUCAUCAAAUGGGAGUAUUGGGUGGAUAGAUUCGGCGCAUUAA